UGGGAUGCAGGCAGUGGUGAGGGGCUUUUUAUACAGCCUUCUUUCUAAAGAAGCAGAGAGAAGCUCCAAAAGCAAGAUAUAUGAGCAGAAAUCAGGGCGAAUGAGAAUAAAUCCACUAAUAAAGCAGGGAGCCCGGGGAAUCUGCCUCCUCGGCGCCUGAAACUGAGGCGAGGCUCAGAUUUCGAAGGGCGGGAAGUUGGGAAAAGGCGGGAAAAGUCGUUGAGGGGAAGAAGCAGCGGGGGGAGGGGCUCCUCCUCUCUUGUCCCUCAGAGACACAACGGGGACCCUCUUGUGAGGGGAGCAGAAAGGGGUCUCUCUCUCCCCCCCCUCACAACCCCAUUGCACUCCUCUCAUGGCGGAAGGGGACCCCACCCUCUCCCUGCCUGGCGAGGGGGCAGCCGGGCCAAGGGGGUCUCUGGGCGCAGGAGAGCCUGUGGGGAGGAGGGGGCAGAGGAAAGGAAGCGCCCCUUCUCUCUCAGGCAGCCCCAUGUCUCUUCCCACCCCCAGGGGCUGGGUCCAUCUCUGGGCUUCACAGAGGACCCCCCUGGGCUGGGGGGAGGGACCCUCCUUGGCUUCCCUGGCUCAGCCCCUCCCCCACUCUCCUGACCCACAGGGGGAGGGGCAGCCCUUCCCUACUUCUCAUUCAGCCUCUUCCCUCCCAACCUCCCUAUUUGUAGAUUGAAAACCACGUCCUUCUCUCCCCGCAAACUCAGGUCACCCCCAGAUAUGAUGCCCCCCCGCAGCCAUCUCGCCCCCCUGCUGUGGGGAGGAGGAAGGAGGGGGGCCAGGUCCCCAUGGAGCCCCCAGAGGCAGCGCCGUCUCGUCCUCUUCCCAUCCCAACACAGGGAGAGGCUGCUCUAUGGACGUAGCUCUAGGGGCAAGCGCAUCCCAAAAGGAGCCGGAUGUGUCGCUGGGAAAUGCGCCGGAAGUUUCCAACCGGAAAAGGAGGAGGGGCGUCGCUCAAGAGCCCCCCCGUCGCCGCCGCCCUUUCUAUUGCAGACAAGGAAAGCGGACUAAUCCGGAGCCAGGGAGGCGGAGGACCCAGAGAAAACAAAUAGGAUUUUCUCCCCACCCCAUUGAAAGAAGACAAUGGAGAAGGCAGUCAGAAUUCUGGUGGGCCAUGUCCAAUGGGAAUAACAAAGAAACCAUUUAAAUACAUGGAUUGUGAAAACAGAGAACAUAAACUAUUUGAAAGUAUGGAGUGUGGAAGGAGCUUCACUGACAGUGGAAACCUUAGAAAACAUCAGUGGUCUCACUCAGGGGAGAAACCAUUUAAUUGCAUGGAGUGUGGAAAGAGCUUCACUACUAGCAGAAGCCUUAGAAUUCAUCUACGGACUCACACGGGGGAGAAACCAUUUAAAUACAUGGAGUGUGGAAAGAGCUACAGUCGGAGUGGAAACCUUAGAAUUCAUCUACGGACUCACACAGGGGAGAAACCAUUUAAAUGUAUGGAGUGUGGAAAGAGCUACAGUCGGAGUGGACACCUUAGAAUUCAUCUACGGACUCACACGGGGGAGAAACCAUUUAAAUGUAUGGAGUGUGGAAAGAGCUACAGUCGGAGUGGAAACCUUAGAAUUCAUCAACGGAGUCACACAGGGGAGAAACCAUUUAAAUGCAUGGAGUGUGGAAAGAGCUUCACUACUAGCGGAAGCCUUAGAAUUCAUCAACGGACUCACACAGGGGAGAAACCAUUUAAAUGCAUAGAGUGUGGAAAGAACUUCACUGAGAGUCGACACCUUAGAAUUCAUCAACGG